GCUCCAAAUGACCGUAAAUCCCGAUAAUUCACCGACUAAACACCGUUUGUUUACCUUUGCGACACGAGAGUACCAGCCAAGAACGUAUUUACCAUGUUCGCAAAUUCGAGAAUAAAACGGCGGUCAAGAGCGUCUUCGCCGACUGCUACGCGUCUGGCAGCUUAUCCAGCAGCGCGUGUUGAAAUAUCAGAGGAGCAGCGCCAGGAUAUAAAAGAAGCGUUCGAAUUAUUUGAUUCUGACAAGGACCAUGCAAUUGAUUAUCAUGAAUUGAGAGCUGCUAUGAGAGCGUUGGGGUUUGAAGCUCAGAAAUCGGAAGUUCUCAAAAUAAUUCGCGAUUUUGAUAAAACGGGAAAGGGCCUACUGCAAAUGGACGACUUUAUUCGUGUCAUGAGCGAAAAAAUAGCAGAAAGAGACCCAUUAGACGAAAUUAAAAGGGCUUUUGAACUGUUUGAUGACGAUGGAACCGGAAAAAUUAGUCUUCGCAAUCUAAGACGUGUCGCAAAAGAGCUUAACGAAAACAUUGAUGACCAGGAAUUGGAGGCAAUGAUUGAGGAGUUUGACUUAGACCAAGACGGCGAAAUUAACGAGCAAGAAUUUAUAGCAAUUAUGAUGGAUGAUUCUUAAACAAAACUCUUUGUGACUUAAAACUGGAAAACCUUGUUCAUAACCACUAUACGAUAUACUUGUAUAAUAGCUCUCACAAAGGUCGUGAAUUAUUGUUCUACAACGCAAUACUGUACACGCUCACUCUUUCUCGUGCGUCUUCCCCUCUUCUUUCCAUUUCAUUUAUACGCAUUCAUGUAGCAAAGCAUUUUCACACCUAUUGAGAUACCAAACGACCCAAAAAACUACGAAAGAAACCUUUGCUCUUUGGUGCUUCGGCGGGCUGUUUCGAGGCUUGCUGUUCUUUCUUGCUCGAUUCGGGUCCAUGGAAUGCCUUUUGAUUUCCCAAGUACGCAACAGCAAGGUCAAAAAACACGGGUUUCAUAGGGAUAGGACGAACGGAGGAAUUGGUAACAUUGAUUGGAGAUUGGUUAUCCUCGGUCGCUUGGAAGGUGUAAGCUGUAUUCAUACUUUCAGUAACCGAGAGCUGAGUGUUUCUCCGGCUAAACGCUUCUACAGUUGCCAGGCUUUGCAGUUGCAGCACUCGUUCUUCGAGUGUUUCCUUAUCCUUUUUGUAUUCUGCAACAACAUUGAAUGCAAUUGCUUGUGGUUCUUCAUCAAGUUCGCGAAGAAGAUCUUGAACUUGCUCAAGAUGUUCAAGAGCACGGACACACAUACCCAAACUCACUGCUUUGUUCACUUGUUGGUAUGAAUCAGCAAUUACUUGGCAGCGUUUGCACUUAAAGAUUGCAAUUUGUGCAUCUAAUUGGAUAGACAUACUAACAUCCCUGGAGAUACCAGGCAGCGUCUUUGCUUGUUCGGUGUUCUAGAAACAUAAUUAGCAUACUGAUGUUUGGGGUUUUUCUUCUGCUCGUACCUUAAUUAAAGCAUCAUAAACACCUUGUAAAGUUCUAUAUUGACUGGAAUAAUGUCCAUCAUCAGUUGUCUUUAAGAGUUUCAUGUCACGUUGCAUACGUUGGAGAACAUGGUGAAAGGCAAUGUACGUAUAGCAGAUAGACACUUCUUGAAACGCCUUUUCAUCAUCUUCAAUGGAAGUCGAGUCGAGUACACGUUUCGCAAUCGUCUCGGCAUUUGCCCAGGCUGAGAGCGUACGUUCAUCGUGUAGCUCAUCGCCAUCCGCUAGUCCACGUUCAGCGUCUUGGACACGGAAUAAUGCCAUGAGAAUGUCAAAGUUGUGAACAGAGACUGUGUUAUUUCUCCACUGAAUGGUACGCACUGAAGCGAGUUCGUGGUCUUGCUGGCUCUGGGAAGCAAUCAUGUCGGGGCAAUGCUUGCGAGCAAAUUCAAGUACAGGAGAACUGACUGGCGUGCCCUUCAACGAGAUGUAAUCGAGUGUGUUUUCUGCGUCAGCUUCGUCGAGCUUUUGAACGAUAUAACGCAGGUCAUUGUCCAGAUUAGAUUGCAAAUCGCCUAAAAAGCGUUUCAUAUAGUCAGGAGCAUCCAACUUUAGACGUACAACUUGGAGACCUAUACGUGUUUCGCAGAAGAAAAGCUUAGCCGAUUCUAGUUGACUCUUUUCGUAGCACAGAUAUCCAUGAAGAAAGCUUGCGUAAGUCUGAGUUUCGAAAACGAAUGUCUCCUUCAAGUUUUCCGGUGCAUUUGAAGAAACGAAGGAACACAGAGCAUCAGCAAUCAUGAUUGCACGUUUCAGCCGACGGAUAGCAUGUUUUCGAUUAACAGGUUUCAACAGGAAAAAUUGAUGCAGUGCUCGAUCAG